GUAAUAACUAAUCUCUAAUAAUCUUGUUAAAUCUUGCUAAAAACUGAAAUUUUAGAACAUUUCUCAUUAUUUUUAGAAUACAGCAGCUGAAAUUAUAUAUGUAUAUAUUUAUAUAGUGAGACAAAAUAUCAUCUUACCAUAUGUUCAUGUGCUAUAGUAUAUUGAGCAAAUCUUAACCCAGAGAAGGCUGGUGAUAACCUCCACGACCUUAAUAUUUGUUGAUUUCGAAUACUAGAAGUGGAAGAUGUUUAGAAGUACGCUAGUUAUUUGCUUUUGCCUUUUGAGCUUCUCCCAAGCUGCUGUUUAUUCCGAGCGUUAUUUUAAGGACCCAGCGCAUCCCGGAAAAUGUGUUAUUAAAGAUAAAGUUCUAUCCCCUGGUCAAAGUAUUAAGCACCCCGUUAUGGCUUGUGCGCAAUUCAUCUGUGAUAAUGCACAAGGCAUGGCUACGAUCGAAGCCUGUGAUCCUGUUAGUGCUUUACCUUCGCCGCUCUCGAUGAUUAAAUAUGAUCCUCGGGAUAAGCCAACAUGCACUUGGGGUGAUUUCAUCAAUACGAAUGCACCAUAUCCGGAAUGUUGCAAACGGCAUUUCUCUUGUGUACUUUGAAAUAGUAAUAAAUGUACCGAAAAUGCUACUUAUAUAAAUAUAAAAAAAUAACUAUAAAAAUGUAAAAAAAAAUAUGGUUUUAAAUUAUAAGAGUGCUUGACAAAUAUUAAUUGGAAAAAAAUAAAUUUAGUAAUGUUAAUAAAU